AUGGAAUUCAAAGGAGUGAUCAAUGAGGCGUUUCCAAGACCCGAAGACUUGAUAUCAUUUACAGUGUCGCAUGUUCAAAAAGGGUUCAAGAUUAGUGUACGAAAGCUUCCUAUCUCUAAAUCAGGACCCAUUGACGAAAUGUCUGAACGUCUGAGCAUUCCAGUUCCGGAGAUGAUUUUUGGUGAUAAUAUGGUUGCGAUCGAGCAUCUUGCUACUGGAUGGCGGAUGGAAUUCAACGCCUAUGAUGCAUUAGACCGAGUGGACAAGACCGACAAGAACAUGCUAAAAGUUGCAUAUUCGCAGGAGUGGUCUAGCAGCAGGGAGAAAACGCACGAAGGCAUUAAGGAGGUGGUCAAACCUUUUGAUUGGUCUUACACAACAGAUUAUAAGGGCACGAUCACAAAAGGCAAAUCGUUUGAGCUUCAGAAAGACAAUGCGGACCCAAUUCCGAUAGAGCUACUCAAACGCCCGGAUCCGAUUUUGUUCUUCGAAGAGGUGGUGCUGUAUGAAAGCGAACUCGAUGACAAUGGCAUAUCACUUUUCUCCUGCAAGCUACGCGUGAUGCCUGACCGCAUGCUGCUGCUAUGUCGACUCUUUAUGAGACUUGAUAAUGUCCUUAUCAGAGUACGAGACACCAGAAUCUACGUAGACUUCACCUUGGGCAAAAUCAUCCGGGACUACACUGAAAAGGAAGAUACGUUCGACGCAGUCAAAAAGAACCUUCUGCAGACUGGUACCAUUCCGACCGAUUUGACAAUCGCAUUACGGGAUCCGAAUAAAGUUGCACACUUAAUUCCGGAGGUCACUCACACACUCGAAAGUCUGACCGUUAGCUGA